AUGGAGUUCCAUGAUGAAGAUGAUGCAGACGAUGAUAUUGGCAUCCAGCGUGAUACAAAUACGACCACUGGCUACAGACCUCCUGCCGACUCAUUCUACGCAAAUACUUGGGAAAAUAUGUUUGAUCCUUCACGUCUAUUAGAACCAUUUGUUUGUACUUGGCCAGUGAUCAGUAUUGAUGGGACUCAUUUGUAUGGUAAAUACAAAGGGGUGUUGAUGAUUGCAAUGGCAACUGAUGCUAACCAAAAGGUUUUGCCUCUCGCCUUUGCUGUUGUAGACAAGGAGUCAGGGCCUAGUUGGGGUAUCAAAUGCGCCAUUCGAGAGUGGCCUAUAGGUGAGGACGGAAGAGAACAGGUAUAUCAUCGAUAUUGCCUUCGACAUGUUGCUAGCAACUUCAACACAAAAUAUAAGGACCCGACUUUAAAGGCAUUGGCCUUGAAAGCUGGAUAUGCAACUCAUGAAGCAAAAUUCACGUCCAUAAUGCAAACCAUUAAGGAGGCCGAGAUUAAUUUACUGAGGGGUGUAGACCCUACUGAUCGCCACAUCCUACGCUAUAUGCCUUACACAUAUCUAAUGAGUGAGGAUGUUGAUAAAUGGACCCAGUCACAGGAUGGUGGAAGACGUUACGGGGCAAUGAUAACCAAUAUCUCUGAGUGUUUUAAUGGGGUACUUAAAGGUGCCCGCGGUUUGCCCAUUGCUGCAAUGGUUGAGUUCACAUGGUCCAAACUUGUUGCAUAUUUCUACGAUCGACAUGAAAAAAUUCUUUUUGAUCUCUCUCAAGGUAAGGUGUGGAGUGAUUAUGCAAUGAAGAUCUAUAACAAAAAUGAGCAGAAAACUGCAGGACACACUCUGAGGAAUUUUAAUCAUGAAAUUGGUGUAUAUCAAGUGGUUACCCCGUAUAACGAUCAUAGAGGUGGAGGGGGAAACCACAGUCAUGAAGUGCAUGUAAUUGAGCAAACAUGUGGUUGUGGGAAGUGGCAAAACUUGAAGAUCCCUUGUUCACAUGCAAUUAAAGUUCUUAAAGGUUUGCACCUCGAUGCGACAAGCUAUAUUGACCCAUGUUACAGUUUGAACAACGCCAUUCAGACAUAUUCACAUCAUUUUGUGGUGCCAAAAUCAGAGUCAUUGUGGAGGGAUGUUCGCGGACCACGAUGGGUGCCUAACCCACAGCUGUUGCGGGGCAAAGGUCGUCCUGUGAAGUCAAGAUUAAGGAAUGAAAUGGAUGGGAUACAACGAGAACGGGGAAGCCAGAGGGAAGAUCCGGACUUGAGAGAGAUUCAACCAAGGCAACGAUGUGGAGUGUGUCAUCAAGAGGGGCAUAACCGCAGAUGCUGUCCCAAUUCCCAUGGCGCUUCGACAAGUGGUAGUGCUGCAAACUAG